AAUAAUAAUAAUAAUAAUAAUAAUAAUAAUAAUAAUAAUAAUAAUAAUAAUAAUAAUAAUAAUAAUAAUAAUAAUAAUAAUAGUAAUAAUAAUAAUAAUAAUAACAAUAAUAAUAAUAAUAAUAAUAAUAAUAAUAAUAAUAAUAAUAAUAAUAAUAAUAAUAAUAAUAAUAAUAAUAAUAGUAAUAAUAAUAAUAAUAAUAAUAAUAAUAAUAAUAAUAAUAAUAAUAAUAAUAAUAAUAAUAAUAAUAAUAAUAAUAAUAAUAAUAAUAAUAAUAUUAAUAAUAAUAGUAAAAAUAGUAAUAAUAGUAAUAAUAAUAAUAAUAAUAAUAAUAAUAAUAAUAAUAAUAAUAAUAAUAAUAAUAAUAAUAAUAAUAAUAAUAAUAAUAGUAAUAAUAGUAAUAAUAGUAAUAAUAAUAGUAAUAAUAAUAAUAAUAAUAAUAAUAAUAAUAAUAAUAAUAAUAAUAAUAAUAAUAAUAAUAAUAAUAGUAAUAAUAGUAACAAUAAUAAUAAUAAUAAUAAUAAUAAUAAUAAU